AUGGAGCAUGUGAGAUUGCGAGAGAUCGGGCACGUAAGAGUGCAAAAGAUUGAGCAUGCUAGAGUCUCUCCAUCGCGCCCCGCCCUGGCAAUCUGGCCAUGGAGCUCUCUUCCAUCCUCGAGCAAUCUAGCGGCCGCGAAUUUCUUGGGGAGCGAUGCUGCGAGCUUGCGAUCGGCCUCACUGGAUGUGAUCUCGAUGCGUUUGAGCACCGGGAUCAUGAAAAGAGGGCCAUACAUCCAAGGGCCUUGUACUUCAUAUUCUCAAGAACUUCCGAAGAAAAAGGCUACUUUGGUUUCAAUUGAGGAGACAGUGAUGACAGGGGCUUCAAAAGAACCAGCUCAACAAUACGCUGACCAGAUGCUGCACUAUGAGCUGGAAAAUGACGUCGGAAAAGAUGCUGUAGAAGUUAGAACCAAGUCUGCUUGUAAGGAAUCGUACAGUGGCGAUGACAGGAGUACUCCUCAAGUGCUGAAUAGUCAAGUGGACGAUUGGACCAAAACAACUACAAUCGUCGGUGAGAAGGAAAUAGUUGAAAUGAAAAUGAUGAUGCUAAACAUGAAAUCUCAGUAUCGGCAGCAGAUGACAACUACUGGAAAAGGCCAUAUCAAUCAAUGUGAAACUUCUACAGCUGCCAAUGAUGAAAGAGUUUUCCUUGGUUACAAUGUGAAGCGCUAUGAGCAAGGCAGGGUCAGGUGGAGACGUCUACAGGCAGGGGAAGACGGCCUGAGCAGGUCUACAUAUGUGCCUGGAUCUUCUCAUACUAUUCGGGCAACGAAGGCUCCUACACCGACCCUGCCGAUAACCCUUCAAGCUGCGCCAGUGUCGAGGUUGCUGGAUGUAUACACAAAACAACUGGAGGAUGCAAGGUUUCUUCGCGGGAUGCCGGCGAGGAGGGUGCCAGGCUGCAAAUUGCCUCUUGUGGACAACGGUGCGCAGCCGUAUUUACAUGCGGACUUGGGAGAUUAUUUUACUUUGGUCGGAAGGGACGAGACGAUUCAGCAUCUUAUGGCAGCCGCUGCACGGGUCUUUGCAACUUUUAUGAACACGACGGCCAGUGCCUCGGAUAUUGAACGAAAAGAGUUCAUGUUGAUGGUCAUCGGAUUUCCUGGCGCAGGUAAAACAACUGUCGGGUCAUGCCUUUCAGCUCUCCUCAGAGAAGCGUGGUUGAGGGGCACAGAAACAGGGGCUAUAGAUGCCAUUCUCGAGGACCAGCUUGGUUCUGGUAGGCUUGUCACUCAGUUCAAGGAAAUGGUGAAUAAUGUGUUGGAGACCGGGAAACACCUUCGAAUGUAUCAUUCCCUUGAGACGACAAGGACUGGGGGUGCACUUCUGCUUGAGAACGGCCUGGAAGGCGCACAGGUUUUGGCCCUUCGGUCCUUGCAUGCAGCACUUUGUCCAAUGAAUACGACUGCAUAUGGUGAUUUUCUCAAGGAGUUGGAUGGCAUAUUUCCGGGCCUGAGGAAUGUGCUGACUUUCGGAGAUGUGGUCGACUUCAUUCGAACUGGUCUUAAGGUUCCUGCCGACAAGCGAAUUUUCCUAUCUUGGUUUUUUGAUGAAGUCAAUAAGGCUCGACCUCAGCGAGGUCGCCCAGCUGCAUCGUCCUGGAUUCAUGAAGCUUUCUCGGCCUACGUUCAACAUAUCAAAGGUAACCGAGGUGGCUUGACGUUUCCUGUACUUACAGCAGCAACGACCCGAUUUUCUGGGGCCACAAUGCGUUACACGUCUACGGAGAAUGCUACGAGUAUUUUUAUCCCUAUCAGGCCUUUGAAAGAGGAGGAAGUGGAACAUAUAACGAAAAUCUUCUUUUCAAGACUAGGAGAUACUCUCGACAUGGAGAAACCAUUUGAGUUGAAGGACGGACUAAGGAAGCUGAUAAAGUUAGCAGGAGGUAAUCCUAGGAUGCUUGAUCACCUGUUGAGAGGGUUGAUGCCCGAGCACCCUCAUCUCGAAGCUUUGAAGUUCUACGAGAAGGUGGAUCAAGAUCUCACCCAAGCCGAUCUGUGCAAAACAAUAACGAAUGCGUGGAAACGUAUUAAGGGCAGUUAUUAUCUUCACUACCUUCAUGACAGCAACUAUUUGUUAGUGCUACGAGCUCUUUAUGUUGCGCUGCUGGGGACCCUUAUCAAUCGGGACGACCUAGUAUGGCCAGGCAUUUACAGUGAUAAGUGGGGAUUUUUAGAGUCUUGCGGUUUAGUUGGACUCUUACGCAACGAGGAGGAGCCGCCUCCCCAUAAGCAGGUAAAAUUAUCGAAACAGGAAGACACAAAGAAUGGAAUGCGCGCUUUUUCCAUCAUGUUCUCUCCACUCCUUAUAUACCAUCUUGUCGAGAACCUACAUGUGGCGGAGCUGCGACAUUUAUGGCCUCCUAUACUGGAUUCUAAUCCCAAGGUUAAGGAGGUAUCAGACCUCAUGUGCAUUGUCUUCAUGAUAUACAUGGGUAAGCUUUUUCAUGAUCGCGAGAAGGACACGGUGUUCGAGUUCACACUCAAAGACAUUCUCCCCUCAAAUUUCCGCGUUCCUGCACGUAUGCAAGCUUUGAAGUUCCGGUUGCCAGCUGGUGCAAGGUUUGGACCUCCGAAACGUCAGCCUCAUCAGAUUCAUGAAGCAGAGGCAUUUCAAGCCUUUUUAAAUGACAACAAGAAGCAAUUCUAUUGGGUUGGUAUUGGCAACCAUGGACCUGAUAGCUUCAUCCAUCUAAAGCUAGUGGUUGUGGAGGAUACGUUGGAUGAUUUUUUUAUAUUUCUUGAGAGUAAGCACAGGGAAUGUUAUGAAGGCCAACAAGCAAGAUGGGAACAAGAUUUUCUGAAGAAAACAUGGAGGAUAGAGCAAUGGAUAGAAGAUGGGGAGUACGCUGUCAUUUUUAUGACAGACCAAGCAUUGCAUAACGUGAUUCGGAAAGUAAAAAAGCAGGAUAAGAUGGUUGUUCCGAAGGUGGAUACAUGCUAUUACGGGUAUCCGCAGCAGAGUCCAUUUGGUACGUUUUUUUAUGCUUUUCUUUUUGUUAGAAUUGGUUUUUAUCUGCAAGUUGGAGUUGGAGAGGAAAACAAACGAGAGAACCUUUUGAUCCAACCUACGAACCUAGUGGUAAUCCACGGGGUGCUGAGCGAAGAACACCACCAAGAACACGCUCUAAAACCCGAGGACAGGUUGGAAGAACACGCUCUAAAACCCCAGGACAGGUUGGAAGAACACGCUCUAAAACCCGAGGACAGGUUGGAAGAACACGCUCUAAAACCCAAGGACAGGUUGGAAGAACACGCUCUAAAGGUGCCACGAAGCGAAAAAGGUAACCAGGAGGUUUGA